AUGUACUUCUCCAAGUCCCUCAUGCUGCUGGCAGCCCUCACCACGGGAUCCAUUGCCCGCCCUCAAGGCCAGGAGCGUCGUGACCUUAGCUCCGACGCUACCCCCAGUGCCACUGCCACUCCCUCAUCUUCGUCUUCCUCCUCUGGCGGCAACUCGGCCUGGACCGCGACUCCCGCCAGCGGCUCCUACUCGACCUCUGGCUUCGGCAGCAGCACCGCCAACAGCGGCGACAGCAGCUCCGUCACCUACCAAGGCAACGUCGGCAACCCCUGGGGCAGCAACAUCAUCGAGGUCUCCAGCUCCGACGCUUCCAACUACAAGCACGUCAUGCAGCUCAAGGGCAGCAACACCGACUCCUGGACGGUCGUCUUCUGGAACAAGUACGGCCCCUCCGGCAAGAUGGACGGCUGGUACGGCCACUCCGCCCUUCAAUUCACCCUCAGCGCCGGCGAGACCAAGUACGUCGCCUUUGACGACGACUCGCAGGGUGGCUUUGGCGCAUCCUCGGGAGGCAGCCUCCCCACCGACUCCAGCGGCGGAUACUCGUGCACCUGGGGUGAAUUCGAUUUCUCGAGCAACGGCAACUCGGGAUGGUCUGGGUUCGACGUUUCCGCGAUCAUGGCUCAGAGAGCCGGUGAUACCGUGCAGGGAAUGAAGAUGUGCGAUGCGCUGAGCGGUACUUGCUCGAGCAUCACCACCAACGCGGGCUCCGUUGACAAUGCGUACACCACCGCCGAGACGGAUGUUGGUGGCAUCGGUGGAAACAUUUCCGGUGACGGUGCGGUUCGCCUGGCGGUUGAGAUUGACUACAGCGGUUAG